AUGUCCAUUGAUUUUAAUGCUGUCGCAACUGAGUUUUGCAAAUUUUACUACAAUCAAUUCGACAACGAUAGAUCUCAAUUGGGGAACUUAUACAGAUCAGAAUCUAUGUUAACCUUUGAAACAUCGCAGUUACAAGGAGCCAGAGAUAUUGUUGAGAAAUUGGUUUCCUUACCAUUCCAGAAAGUAGCUCACAGAAUUUCAACUUUGGAUGCUCAACCAGCAUCACCAAACGGUGAUAUCUUAGUGAUGGUUACUGGUGAAUUAGCUAUUGAUGAAGAACAAAACGCGCAACGUUACUCUCAAGUCUUUCAUUUGAUUCCCGAAGGAUCUUCAUAUUACGUGUUCAACGAUAUAUUUAGAUUAAACUAUUCUUAA